AUGACGGAUGGGAUAGAGAUUCUGGUUAAUGUUUGGCGCAAGAGGGACUCAAAAUCAGAGAUUGCAUUUCAAGGCAUCCUUUCUUCCCUGGAGUAUUGUUUGCAACAUUCUUUUGAGACUGUGGACCAUUUUGAAAAUUUUGUCAAUAUUCUAGGUUAUCAUACUGUGCAAUUUUGGAAAGCGGCAAUUCCUUACAUUUAUGAAUCAGAUAUGGCACAUGGAACUAAAUAUAGAGAUGCACUUCUCUUUAGCCUAACAUUACAUGAUGUCAAUACUGGGAGGAAUAGACUUAAAGAAUUUUAUGCUGCUGUGCCUGGUAUUCGUAAAUCUCUUCUCGGUUCUUCUGCAAAACGCUUUAGUGAACAGUUCCACCAUUUACAGCAAAGACGGACCCAUUCGUCUUCUUCCCUUCAUACUUCUUCCAAUUCUUUAUUACUUUUACCUGAGUCUCAGCUACAUCAAGAUGAGACAUCGAACAAAUUAAGUCCUGCACCUGUCUCAUUUUCUUUGGAUAAUAAUGAAAAUAAUGAUCAAGUGGAAGGACAGAAUAAAUCGGAAAACGAAUCUUCACAUCCGUUUGAAAUUCGUAGAGAGAAAAGAAUGUCAAUAGCAUCUUCUGAUACUUCAGAUCGCCAUCAUCCAGCUGUUUUUGAUGGAACAGAGGCCAUUCCUUCAGGAGGCAUAGUCAACACACAACAUUUUCAAGGCUCUGGUGGUCUCGUUUCUUGUGUGGAUCCAGUGAUGGCUGUAAAUCCAGAAAAUAUGUGGUUGGCAAAUUUGGGAAUGAACAUUGAUAAAUUUAAAAUUACAUCAACUGAAUACAUUGAAAAGAUUGAUCCGAGUAUGGAGAAAAUUGAUCCUACUUAUAUUUCUGCUCCGACAACCAAUACAUUGGGUAAUUAUGAUUCGUUAAAUAUUCUUUUUUCUUUAAUUUUAGGACUUCCCUUGAUGAAACAAGCACUUGCUGAUGUUCUCUUUCACGUGAUUGCUGACGAUGACCUCAAGGAAGAAAACGAGCCCGCGGAUAAGCGUCAAAUCAGAGAGGAAAUGUCGCUUCUUGGUGUCCUUAAUACUUAUAAUCGUGGAAAUUAUAAACUCAACCCUGUAAUUGUUCAAGAACAAGAUUAUAAUGUUUACUAUGGAGGAAUCAGCAAUGGACUUCUUUGGCCGGCUAUGCACAAUCUUGCAGAAUAUAUAUUACCCGAAUAUAAGGACACAAAAACUUUAAGAGAACAUUGGUUUUCAUAUGUUAGAGUUAAUUAUCAAUUUGCAAUUGAUGCUGUAAGAAAUAGCCGUCCACAGGAUUUUAUUUGGAUUCAUGAUUAUCAUUUAAUGUUGACAGGAAUGAUUAUGCAAAGUUUCUUUCUUCAUAUACCUUUUCAACCACCUGAUGAUUUUUUUACUACAUACAAAAUUGUUGCUUUUCCAAUUCUUCGGGGAUUACUUCGCUUCACCAAAGUUGGAUUUCAGACACAUAGAGACCGGACAAAGUUUAUUGAACUUGUUAAAAGUUAUCUGCCAACGGCUAAAGUAAAAACUGAAGAUAAAUUGGAUGUAGUUGUAGUUACUUAUCAGGGUUGGAGUUGUUCUCUUGGCGUUUUUCCUGUUAGUAUCAAAAACGAGGAUUUCCUUCGAGUGGCUAGAGAUCCAGCUGUUAUUGAAAGAUCGCAACAAAUUAGAAAACAAAUAUUCGGUGAAAAUCCUCCAGCUGAUGUUUGUUUAUUCUUUUCGGUUGAAAGAUUUGAUUAUACAAAAGGCAUUAGAGAAAAAUUGUUAGCUUUUCAACGUUAUCUUGAGAAAUAUCCAGAAAGGCGUGGAAAGGACAUUCUUUUCCAAGUUGCUGUAACAAACCGUCGCGGUGUUGACACUUAUAGAGUUUAUCAGGAUGAAUCUAUUGAUUUAGCUGAACAAAUAAAUAAGCAAUUUAAAGAUGAAGAAAAAUAUGGGAAUUGGUUACCUGUAAUUUUCCAAACAAGCGGAUUACAACGUAGUGAAUUAAUAGCUCACUAUUUGGCUAUGGAUGUUGGUGUUGUAACACCUAAAAAAGAUGGAAUGAAUUUGGUUGCAAAAGAAAUGAUGCUUUGUAAUUAUGCAGCUGGUUUAAUUCUCUCGACUGGUGCUGGUUCGGAAAUGCAAUUUUCAAUGGCCGGAUUACAUUCAGAGCAGGAUCCAAACUAUCACAGAGUUGAUGAUUUAUUUGAUGUUGAGGCUUUUGCUGAGGUUUUUCAUAAAGCUCUUACAGAAAUUCGUGAACAACGAGAACGGCACGGAAAGGUUCUUAAUGAUUUUAUUAUGGCAAAUGACAUCGAAAGGUGGAGUCAAACAUUUCUUGAUCCGAGUUGGUCACAUCUUGUCAUUCGUCAAACAGAUGUUACCACACUUGAUGAUUUCUUUAAUAUAAUGCUUCGUACUCGAGAUGUCCGAAAAGCGAUUGUUGAACGUGUUCUUAAAGGAAUUCCUAUUAGACAACAUUUUGCAAUUUCUCUACAAAAUGCAAAAGAAUCACUGGAAUUAGCUUGUAAACCUGAUAGUUUUAAAAUUGAACUUCAAUCUGGUGUAGACGCAACAGUUUCAAAUAAAAACAACACUGUAGAAUUUUAUAUAAAAAAUGAAAUUGAAGAAUUGGAAAAAGAUUUAAAAUUUUUGGAAUUUAUUCAGAGUGAAGAUGUUUUUAAUAUUGAACAAUUUAUUUCUUCUCUUCAAAUUUAUCAUCCAGAUUCUGAAGAAAGAUUCAGAAACGAAGUUGCAGCUGUUGUUGAUAUGUUUUUUGAUGCCGAUCAUUUUAAUUAUUUCUUUACUGAUCGUGAUGGGACUCUUAAAUCCUACAGUUGUGCUUAUCCUGCUUCAAUCCAGCCUGCUUAUUCAGGCGUUAUUCAAGCACAGUUUGCUAGGCGUUGUGCUCAAACAUGUGCCAUUGUUACAACUGCACCAUUGAUGCAAGUAGGAAUUUUGGAUGUUAAUACAAUCCCAGAAGGAUAUUAUUACAUUGGUGCAUCUGUUGGGCGAGAGUGGUAUGUUGAUCCAGACAAUAAAUUUAAGGAUCAAUCAAUUCCUGAACAUGAUUUACAACAACUUAAUUUAGUUUUUGAUUCUAUUGCUUAUUUGCUUGAGGAUUCGGAAUUUAAAAUCUUCAAUUUGAUAGGCUCAGGAUUGCAAAAACAUUUUGGACAUGUAACCAUAGCGCAUCAAGAUUCAUCUAAUACAAUACCAACCGAAUUAAAAAAGAAAAUUGAUGACAAAAUUCAUGCAAUUGUUGAGGAUAUUGAUCCAAACAAUCAAUUAUUUGAAAUUAUAAUUGAUGACAGAGACAUAAAAAUAUUUGUUAAAACUGAAUUUGGAGGAAUUUUUGACAAAGGAAAUGGAAUAGAAUUAUUAAUAAAUCACUUAAAAUGUGAUUUAACUGAAGGAACUAUUUUAGUAUGUGGUGACUCAAUUACAGACAUUCCAAUGUUGGAAUAUUGUCUUAUUAAAAAUCCAAAAAAUGUUUAUACUGUAUGGGUUGUAAAUGGACAAAAUAUACAGUUGAGGAAUCAAGUUCACGAUUUGUGUAAAAAAUAUGGAAAUGAACAUUUGGUUUUUGUUUCUUGCCCUGAAGUAUUGCUUGGAUCGAUGGCACAGGCAACUAUCCGUGAGAUUAGCAUUUGCAGAGGAGCUGUCACCCACCAUAGACACAGUUCAUCCACUACACAAUUAGAGGAAGGUGCUUCUACAGAUGACAGAUAAUUAACAUCGAGACAAUAAUUUAGUCUUUUCAUUACGAUUAUUAGUUAUUUACAUAUUUUAUUAGCGAGAGACGCACAUUCUACCUUUUUAUCCUUACAAUACCCGCAAUCUUUGGUAUUGGAAAGUUGCGUAAUUCUAGUUUGAUAAUUUUUCAAUGUAAAUUGAAAAAUCGUUAUGCGUAUUUUUAAUAAUUUAAUUAUGCAACAUUCAUUUAUUCAAUUAUCCUAUUCUUAAUUUGUGCUAAUUUGUUGCCACAUCGUAUAGGCCAUAUUUGUGGUGUCUUGAAGUUCUUCGGAAAAGUUCUUUUCUAGUAUUUUUGGAAUAUUCUUCCCCAGAUUUUUUUGGAAAUUCCUCCAAGAUUUUCCCAAUUUCCGAAAAUACUCGUAGAUAAAUUUUCCGAUACUUAUCAUAUAUUUGCUCAUAUUGAUGCUU